AUGGUGCUUCUGCAACCGAUAAACAUUAAGAAAUGGAUAGAAGAGAAUGAGGACCUAUUGAAACCACCGGUGAAUAAUUAUUGUUUACAUCGAGGUGGUUUCACAACAAUGAUUGUUGGUGGUCCAAAUGAAAGAAGUGAUUAUCAUAUAAAUCAAACUCCAGAAUAUUUUUAUCAACAUAAAGGAGCUAUAUGUUUAAAAGUUGUUGAUGAUGGUGAAUUCAAAGAUAUUUGGAUACAAGAAGGUGAUUCAUUUUUAUUACCUCCUAAUGUUCCUCAUAAUCCUUGUCGAUAUACUGAUACUAUAGGUAUAGUAGUUGAACAAGAUAGACCAAAGGGAGUUAACGAUGGAAUUAGAUGGUAUUGUAAAAAUUGUAAUGAAACGAUUUAUGAAAAAGAAUUUUAUUUGACCGACUUAGGUACUCAGAUUAAAGAAGCAAUUUUAGAAUUUGAUUCAAAUGAUGAAAAUAAAACUUGUAAAAAAUGUGGUACUUUGAAUUCUUCUAAAAGAGAUUCAUAA